AUGGCACGUAAAUCACUAAAGGACUACUCGGCGUGUGUCGCCAUAGACAUCGGCACCACUGGGACAGGAUACGCCUACAAAAUUUUAGGCGACCUAGGCUCAGACCGGAUGGAAGUAACGUUAAACAACAAAUGGACGGAAGAGUCACCGGGGCUUCUCGGUAUUAAGACGCCUACUUGCCUACUGCUGGACCCGAAAAUGACCUUCAACGCCUUCGGCUACGAGGCAGAAAAUAAGUACGCAGAACUAGCUUCUGAAGGAUUGCACAGUGACUGGUAUUACUUUGAGAGAUUCAAAUUACAACUCUUUAAAAACAAGAUUACCCCGAGUCUGCAAAUUGAAGAUGCCAUAGGGAAGAAAGUUUCCGCACUUUUGGUUGUUACGGAGACCAUAAAAUACAUCAAAUCUCACGCACAGCAGCGCCUCAUUCUUCAAGAGCCACGAAUCAAAGACAAAGAAGUCCAGUGGGUUCUUACUGUGCCCAGUAUCUGGGACACAGAGGCAAAAAACCUUAUGAAAACGGCAGCUAACAAGGCUGGGAUACCAAACUCCAACUUGAUUAUCGUCAAUGAGGCCGACGCUGCUUCCGUAUUCUGUAUCUUCGCUAAAGCUGAAACGGGUGACAAAGGCUUAGAUUCACAACCAGUAGGGACAAAGUAUAUGGUCAUAGAUAUUGGAGGAGGAACAACAGACAUUACAGUUCAUGAAAGAGUGUCAAAAAUAGAAAUAAAAGAAGCGUACGAGCCCUCGAGGCUAUCUUGGGGAGGCGUGGCCAUAGACGAAGCAUUUGUCAAAUUCAUUACAGAAAUGUUGGGGGAGGACACUAUGGAUCGCUUCAGGGUUCAAGCGUGUGAUGAAUUUGUCAAAUGGAUUAAGGAAUUCGAAAGAUUGAAGCAGAAUGUUCCCGCUGUAGAAAAAAAUACAAAAGGAAGGUUUGUUAUCUAUAUUCCGGAACGGUUGAAUGAGAUUUAUAAGUCUUUGAAUGACAAAACAAUCUCUGAACUGACAAAAAGUGGAAAAUUCAAGCACAAGGGCAAAAUUGAGAUGACAGAUGGUAAAAUGCAAUUUGAAAUGGAUAUAAUCCAAGAUGUUUUCAAAACUGUGACAAACAAAAUAGUAAAUCAUUUGGAUGCGCUAUUCAAAAUCAAAGAACUGUCUUCAGUUGCAAUGUUGAUUUUUGUUGGCGGGACCGCGGAAUCGAAACUAGUUCAGCAGACGAUGUUCCAAAAAUAUCAACGCUCGAAACGAUACGUACUAUAUCCGAAGGAACCUGGUACAGCUGUCCUUAAGGGGGCAGUGAUUCUUGGACAUACAGUUAAUAUUGUGGACCAAAGAUUGAUACGUCAUUCUUAUGGCUCAGGCAUCAAAGUUCCCUUCCAAAAGGGAAUCCACCCAGAGAGACUAAAAAUAGAAAGUGCUGGUGGAACUUGGUGUCGUGGUGUGUUUAAACCCUUUUUAAUGGCCGGAACACCGUUAAAGGUCGGUACUUUGAUUCGGAAAGAAGUCGAGGCAAUCAAUUACGAAGAUUCUGUGUUUGCGGUUUAUAAGACAGACAAGAGAGGUGUUGAGUACAUCACGGACGAAGCAUGUCAAGAAGUAUGUAAGGUCUGGAUGAACAAUAUUCUUCCAGCUAGAUCGAAAAAACCACAGAUCUACGUAGUCAAGUGCACCUUGACGGAAACUGAACUGGUUAUCGAACUCACCCUCAAGGAAACGGGGAGUAAAUACGUAAUCACAAGCAAAAUUGAAUUCGAAGACAUAUUCUGAAAAAAGGAAUU